AUGGGCUCCUAUAAAUCCUCCCAACCUGGCAGCUACAGCUCGACAGACAGCGCAUCUUCAAAAAGUACGACAGCAACGAUCCACAGCGACCGACUAACCCCCAAGCCACACAAAACCGACGAGGCCACCAACCCAGCCCCCCAAAAACACACCUACAAAUACGAAACCAAAGGCGAAGUCGUAUAUGAGUGUCGUGAGCCGCAUCCCCGCGCCUCAACCUCAACAUACGCCUCAACAACAUACUCCACAGCCGAACUUGACCUGGAGCCCCAACCAACCGAGUCUGCAAGUCCCCAUGAAGGUCGCUACUGCGUAAAUGAGCGGCUAGAAUUCUAUCCACUAGAGGCCAUCCCCUCAACGCCUUCAUCCUUUGCGCCGCUCUUCCCUUCCUCGCGGCGGCUGCUCAUCCGCCACGACGAUGCAACCGUCGACGGCAACAUGAACUUGCGCGUCGGCACGCCCGUCCACCUACGCGACGGCUCCCAGCGCGACGUCAUCCUCUUCCACUUGCGCAUGUACGACCUCCUCGCGCGGAAGUUCUCGUUCCGGCGGUACUGCCGGGACUCGGGCCGCGAGGUGUGCAAUUCCGCAAGGCGGGAGGUUGUGCCUGCUCAUGAGCGAAGGCCUGCGCUGCGCACUUCGUGGAGUAGUGUUUUCGCUGGGCUUAGGCCUGGUUCGGCCGGUGGUCAUUGUCCGACUGAUGAGCUCAAGAGGCAGCAUUCAAGGCUUGGGGGUGGUUAUGGACAUGGGGAUGAGGUAGAUAAGGGAAGGACAGAAGAGAAUGAGUGGGAAAAGGAAGGAAAGAGCGCUUUGCCGAUACUCGGGGAGACGAUUUUGAUCGAAUUCUCGAAUUAUGCGCAUGUCGAGCUGCGCCGCAAAGGGCCCGGCUCGACCAAGAAAUACGAGUUUGAGUAUUGGUCCACGAAGUACCAGUGGCGGAGGGAGGUCCGCAAAGAGGGUGAUCUGCAUGAAGUGUCUUAUUUCUUGGUUGACACGCGCAAUUCUAAGACUAUUGCUCAUUUGGUGCCGGAUACGCUGGCUCCGCUGGAGGUUGUUGAGGAGGAGAGCAAGGGGGGUGGGUGCCACCUUCUUCAUUGUGGAUCAGUGAUCCUGAAGUUUACAAGACGAUGCCUGAUGUUGCCGAGGAUAGUUGCGCUAGUUGACGACUGCAUUCGUCGUCGCUGGCAUCACGAGCGGCGUCCGUCUUGGAUCCUGCCCGCUCAGCACUCGCUGGUCAAAAGUCUGGAACGCAUGGGCCCUCGGCGCCUGAUCGGCCAGGUACUCCAGCGCAGAGGAUCCGCCUAA